AUGGCCGAGCUCCACCGACGGCGGUGCUCGUCGACAUGUCAUCUGCUGGCGACGGUCGUCGUCGUCGUUCACCUCUGUUGCUCUCACACCACCCGAACCCAAGGUCUCGAGAACCCCAUUGCCACCGUCCCAUCCUCUGUUUCCCGCUGGCUGAUUAGACCCCCUAUGAGAAAUUUCACCUUCACCGACGGGUCGCAGGUGAGACCGAUCCUCCUCCGGCAGAACAGAGCAGGGCUUGGAGUCAGCUACGCCUGUGGCUUCUACUGCCGCGGAGAUUGCGCCUCCUUCAUCUUCGCCAUCUACAUCAUCCACUCAAACAGCGCCGGCGAAAUCGUCCUCCCGGCGAGCGGGUUCCCGCAGGUUGUGUGGGCCGCCAACAAGGCCCGUCCGGUUACGGAGAACGCGACCCUGGAGCUGGCCUCCGACGGAGACCUGGUCCUCACGGACGCCUAUGGGACCAGGGUAUGGUCAUCCGGCACCUCCGGCAAGUCCGUCGCCGGCAUGAACAUCACGGAAUCCGGGAACCUGGUUCUCUUCGGCGGCGUCAACAACCAGACCAUAUGGGACUCCUUCUCCAGUCCGACCGACUCCCUCGUCCCCGGACAGAAGCUGCAGGUGGGUCAGGCCCUCACGGCCAACGACUCCACCGCCAAUUCCAUAGAUGGCCUCUACUUCCUCUUUGCCAACUCCACGGGGCUGAUCGCCUUCGUCGGAUCCAACCCACCCGAGAGAUACGCUUCCUACACACCGCCGACCAGCGCCCAGGGAACGACGAUAGGGUUCUUCGAGUUCAGGAACGGAAGCCUCUUCACGAACACUUCCGACCAGUACCUUCCACCUUCCCAGUACCUGCGGCUGGAGUCGGACGGGAGCCUCGUAGUGUACGAGUGGAGAUCAGAGGGAUGGGUCGCCGGAAGGGAUCUCCUCAAUGAUCGUGGGACUUCCUGUUUCUAUCCGACGGUGUGCGGUAGGUACGCGAUUUGCUCCGGCAACAACCAGUGCAGCUGUCCCCAGUGGGACGCCGGCGGAAAUGACUUUUUCCUGCCCAUCGACGACCGGAACCUUGGAUCGGGAUGCAGGGAGGUGACGCCUCUGUCGUGCGAAGCUCCGCAAAAUCACAGUGUGCUGCGUCUGAACGAUGUAUCUUAUUUCACAUACGACCAGAAGCCUGCCGACAUCUCCGACAUAGAUCCUGUGGAAUGCAGCGCCGCCUGCUCGCGGAACUGUUCGUGCAGGGCGGCCUUCUUCAGGUACGGGACCAACGCUUCCGCAGGGAGCUGCUUCCUGACCUCUGAGGUCUUAUCGUUGAAGAACCACCAGCCCGAAGUGGCCCAUUACAAUUCCACCGCCUUCAUCAAGGUUCAGAUCCCCACCGACGAAGGGGUAUCCUGGGUAGCAAUUGGUGUCAUCUCUGUGGGAUGCUUUAUUGGGCUGCGUUUACUGCUCGUUGUCAGCUUCUGUGCUUUCGUCAUGAGGAAGACGGCUGCUGCGUUGAAGAGGGAGAAGGAAAGGAUGGCAGGUGAGGAUGAGGAGGCUGAUGAUGAUCUCGAACACAUUUCGGGGAUGCCGAGGAAGUUUUCUCUGGAAGAAUUGAGAGCUGUGACUAAUGCCUUCUCCGAGAGGGUCGGGCGGGGCGGCUUCGGCUCCGUCUACGCGGGAAGAGUAGACGGCAACCCAGUAGCCGUGAAGCACCUUGAUGGCGUUGGUCAGGGAAGAAAGGAGUUCCUGGCGGAGGUGCAGACCAUCGGGAAAAUCCACCACUUCAACCUGGUGAAGCUUGUCGGAUACUGCGCCGAGAGAUCAUCCAAGCUUCUGGUCUACGAGUUCAUGCCCAACAGCUCGCUAGAUCGAUGGAUCUUCGACAGUGACCAGAGGAGAGCUUCUCUGUGUUGGGAGAGCAGGCGUAAGAUAGUCCUGGGCAUAGCCAAGGCGCUCGCCUACCUCCACCAGGAGUGCGCGCAGAGGAUUGUCCACCUGGACAUCAAGCCCCAGAACAUCCUCCUUGACGAAAGGUUUGAGGCCAAGGUCUCUGAUUUCGGCAUGGCGAAACUAAUCGACAGGGACCAGACUCACGUGGAGACGAUGAUGAGGGGAACCAUAGGGUACCUAGCUCCCGAGUGGCUGAGUUCCAUGAUCACCGAGAUGGCCGACGUCUACAGCUUUGGGGUGGUAGUCCUGGAGGUCGUCACCGGGAGGAAGAACCUGGAUCGAUCUUUACCAGAAGAGGACGCCUUGUUGGUUGAGGUGACGAGGAGGAAGGCACAGAAUGGCGACCUACGAGAUCUGAUCGACAAGAGCAUCGAGAUCACAGGGGAAGGGCACGCUGAGGAAGCGACGAGGAUGGUGCAGUUAGCUAUGUGGUGCUUACAGCACGAUCACAGGAGGCGACCUUCCAUGUCGACCGUGGUGAAGGUACUGGAAGGGGCCGUGGCUGUGGAAACCGACCUGGAAGAUGGCUCCUGGGGUUCGGCUGGCAUCGACUUCAGCGGCAUUGAAGCCAGUGGUUCCGCUUCCUCGAUGGUUUCCAUGAUGUCAAGGACCAGAUGA